GAGGAGAGUUUCCAUGGGAUAUCAAAAAUGUCGUUUAAGAUCAGCUUAGCGAGACCUGCUCUGGCGUUUGAUUCAGAUGCUAUUCUUGCAUUAUACUCAGGAAACACAAAGUUCCUGCAAGGCGUGCAAAUUUACUUGUUAUCAAGGGAUCAUUCUAAUUUGAAGUCAGAUUUUCAACAUGGAAAUGGCAAGAUAAUGGUUAAUUGCAUUGAAAAUCAGCCUGCUGCAGAACUGGUGUUGGGAAAACAUGUGUUCUUGUCUGUUGGCGAAUACUAUUUAAGGACAAAAACCGGGUAAUCUGAUUUCAGUAACUGGUCUAUUUAUACUGUAUACUUUAUUUUUGUGCCUUAAAAUUUUUGAAGUCUAUUUACUGACAACAGAAAAACAAAAUGAUAGGCUACAUUAGCCUGGCAAAGUGUCCACACCGGCUGAUCUCUUUGUUAUACUUAUUUUUAGUUGUAUAGUUGAAUAGACACUAAAACAGUAGAGGUUAAAUUACAGAAUGCCAGUGGCAGUUACGAUUUUCUUUGUUAUCGGUUGCAUUAUUGAAGAAAUAUAGUUUUCAAACUUUUUAUUAUCGAAGAAA